AUGACUUUGGUCCAGAUCACAGCUUCCUUCGAUACCCUGGACACCCUGCGGGCGACACCUCUUCCGGGGGAAGAGUUCCCCUACGCUACCACUGGCUAUUGGCCCAAGACACUGUGCAAUGCGUGCGGCGUGAAGCGCACCCGCACCCUGCGCGCCCUGCAGGAGGGCAGCAAGCGCCGGCGCCCCUCCCCCGCCGCGCUGCGCGCCCAGGCCGACCCGUCCGGCGCGGGGUGCGACUCGCCGGACGUUUCGUCGGCCGGCCUGUCCGCGCCGCCCCCGCUCUUCGUGGGCACCGGCUUCGGCCCCGCCGCGCCGCGGCGCCCCCAGCGCCGCGCGGCCGAGGAGGCCGCCGUGCGCACCGCGCGCUACGCGCGCACAGGCGAGUGGGGCGAGGCGGGCGCGGGCGCGGCGCCGGCGGCGCCCGCCUCGCCCACCUCCAGCCAGGACACGGCGCUGGGGCCGUGCGGGGAGGGCGUGGAGGAGCUGGCCUGGACGCCGCUGGCCGCGGAAGCCGCGGCCCGCCACGGCCUGGGCGCCGCCGCCAUCGACUCUGCCUGCUAUGCGGCGGUGAACCUGAUGACGCUGGCGGCCAAGGAGCGCGCGGGCGGAGAGGCAGCCUGGGCCGGCCGGCCGGCCCCGGCCCGCGGCGGCGACGGCGGGGACACCCAAAACACGCAGCGCCCCGGCACGCCCGUGCCGACCGGGGCCGGCUCGACGAGCGGCGCCCCGCUGCCGCUGGGCGCGGCCUCGCCGCUGCCCGUGCAGCGCCCUGCGCGCCCGUCCGCCGGCACCCUCGGGGGCGGCGGCCUGCCCGCGCUGCCGGCGCUGACGGGCGUGGACCUGCCCGCGCUGUACAAGUCGCUGCCGCCCAGCCAGGUGGUAGAGCUGAUCGGGCUGAACGCGGAGCUGGAGGGCGCGCUGGCCGCCGCACGCGACGCCGGCGCCUCGGUCGCCGCGCUGGCCCAGCUGCUGGCUGAGAAGCAGGCCGCGGGGCUGGCCGCGCGCCAGGCCGCGCGGGCCGCCUCGCGCCGCAUGCACCGCUUCCUGGACUCGCUGCGCUGCUGA